AUGGACGACCAACCAUCCCUCUUCCAACCCCUCAUCCAUGGAAAACCAACAAUCCCUCCUUCAACAAACAACCAUUGUGUUCAUCGUGCAUCACACAACUCUGUUACUAUCGACAUCCUCGUUCGUUUCCUCUCAGUCUUCUUCAUUGGACUUCUCGCAUUAUAUGCCGACCGUGAAGCAUCCAAGGGCUUCGACAUAACCAUCAUAAACGACAUCAAAGACUCUUUUGCUGGCCGGCGCUUCCACCUCUUCUACGUCUCCAACGACAAAGCCACCCGCAUUAUCCUCGACACCAGCAAUUUCGUCGAACACCUUCUUUACCCUGAAGCACAUGCACAACCCAAGAAGCACAUAAACCAUGUCGUUUUGAGGCUCUCCAGCCUGAACUUGACUUCCCACAACACAGGGGUCGUCGUUCACCACUCACCCAACAAAGAAAAUGGCCAUUUUGCCCUUGACAUAAGCCCUUCAAUCAUGGACGACCAGCCCAAUGGCAAUGCCCACCGCGCAUUGGUCACUGCCAUCCUACGCGGCAUGGCACAUGUAUGGAUCUGGGACGGUGCGGCCCAUGCCCCACCGGAGCUUAUAGAUGGCAUGGUGGAGUACACAAGGAUGGUGGCUGAGCAAGGCUUAUUUGAUGAGACGAAAAGCUAUGGCAUGAGCACCAAAUUGCCGGGGUGUGACAAAUUUUGGUGGAAGGAUAAGGACCCUCGAGUGGUGGCACAAAUGUUGAACUAUCAUGAGGGGCAUAGCAAGGGGUUCAUCCAACGGCUGAAUGGAGCCAUGAGAGAGAAGUGGCAUGAUAGGAUGGUGGAUGAUGCAUUAAUUAGGCAUGCCAUUGCAAAAUUGGUGUGGAACCUAUAA